AUGAACCGAUACUUACGAAUCAAUUUCCGCGAUGAUGAAGACGAGGCUAUCACUCAUCGACUACUUCCUCACCAUAACAAUGACACACACGAGGGCUGGCAUCUCUCACCGCUCCAUCGGAGGCGUACUCCUUGUCGUCAUUGGAUGCCCUUGGUCGGCGCCCUUACCCUCCUUGGCAUCUGCUCUGGUGUCGUCUAUCUGCCUCCGGCACGCACCUCUACGUCGGGCUCCUCGGGGGUUUCUUCUACCGCCCUAAUUUGGUCUCCCUUCGCCGCCGUCUCAGAUGUCCCAUCAGCAGACCAGGACAUCAUCGACCUUUAUGCUCGGCAGUCAAAAACCCUCGAGGAAGCUACAGCACGGUAUACGCUCAAAACCGGCCGACAGCCUCCGCCAAAUUUCGACAAAUGGUUCCAGUUUGCGCAAGAGGGUCAUUGUCUCAUCGACGACUAUGACCGCAUUGACCAAGACUUUGCGCCAUUCUACCAGCUGGCCAACCAGAACCCUCGGCAUUUUCGUAAUAUGGUCGAAAUGGGCCACGAGUUCAUGCGCGACGAUGCUCGUGGACUCUCCGUCAUCAGUGUGCGACAGGGCAAAGUUGAACUUCCUGACGACAUUUGGGGCACUCCUUGGGACAUCGACUUGGAGGAGUUCAUCAACGAAUUCGGCUACUUCAUUCCCGAUAUGGACCUUCUUCUCAAUGGCAACGACGAGCCCCGUGUCGCUUUCAACGCCCGACGACCUAACGCCCUAAAGAACGCAAUGCAACUCAAAGAGGCCGAUCCUUUCCGCGUCGAACCAGUCCCCACAGCCGACUUCUUUCGAGGCAGAGACGGAUGCGACAUGGCCCAAACUUCGAGUGGAUUUGUCAAAGACCCUGUCAAUAGCAUUGCUUUCUUUGCAUCGACUUCCACCUCUGGUUUCAGCACCGACCUUUGGCCCAUGCUGAGCAUGGCAAAGAUAUCGCCUUGCUUUUCGGACAUUGUCUAUCCUAACGCAUACUUCUACGAUAAGUCCGGCUGGUCUGGCCAAUUCUCCUACCCCGAUGAUCUCGACUGGAGGGACAAACAACCGAUUGUCUACUGGCGCGGUGUAUCUAAUGGCGGCCAUAUCUACGGUGACAACUACCGGAACUUCCCUCGUUUCCGCCUCAUGGACAUCGCACGCGACCAUCCCGAGCUCUUCGACGUCCGCAUCUCGAGUUUUGCCGACAACCAUUGUACGGAAGACUGUGACGCGGAUCGUAUCAUCGAGGAGUACAACAUCACAGGCGAGGGUUCGGCCAGAGAGGAUCUUUAUGGGUCCAAAUACGCGUUGGAUGUCGACGGUAACUCGUUCAGCGGCAGGUUCCUUGGACUGUUGAGAAGCGGGUCACUUGUUUUCAAGGCCACGGUCUUCACCGAAUACUUCUCCGAGUGGCUGCUUCCCUACGAGCACUUCAUCCCCGUGAACCCUGACUUGUCCGACCUUGUGGAAAAGAUCCAGUGGGCGCGGGACAACGAUGAAGAGGCGCGCAAGAUCCAGCAACGAGGGUUACGAUUCGCCACCAAAGUUGUGACCGACAAGCAAAACGACUGCUACCUUUCGAGACUGUUGCUAGAAUGGUCACGGCUACAGAACGAUCCGGCAGCCGCUUCCACGAGCGAAGAGACGGAGGAAGUAGAAUACCUCGCCAACGAACAGACGGAGGGACCAGAAUACCUCGGCAAUGAAGAGACAGAGGAACCGGAAUACCUCGCCAACGAAGAGACGGAGGAACCAGCCAACAACGAAUAG